AUGUAUGGGAGUCCCUUGUUAUCGGAGUUUGAGAGCCAGAUUCUUUUCUAUCGAGAUCUAGAGCUGGAAGUAAACUCUGAACCAGAGUAUAUUGCUGUAGGAGCCUUGGCGCUAUUCACAGCACCCUUAAAGAUGUCCCUCUCUGCUGAAAUCAAGAAUUGGAUGGUGGACUACGGACUUUACUGUAACAGGAAAUGUCGCUCAGAGAUGGAGCACAUUUUUGCUUUUGUAGAUGAAGCAGGAAAGAAACUGAAUCGACAGAUCAAAGACCUGGAUGAUAUUCGUAUUGCCAUGGCCGCACUGAAGGAGAUCAGAGAGCACCAGAUAUCUAUUGAUUUUCAAGUUGGGCCCAUAGAGGAGUCCUAUGCCAUGCUCCAUAAGUAUGAACUGUCAGUGGCUAAAGAGGAGGCUGAAAAAGUGGAUACUCUGCGCUACACUUGGGAAAAGCUCUUGUCCCGGAGCACAGAGGUGCAGAACGAGCUGGUCGCCUUGCAGCCAAACUUCAGAGAAGAACUGGUCAGCAAUGUGGAGACCUUUCUGGAAGACUGCCAACACUUUUAUCAAGAUUAUGAAAAGGAUGGUCCCAUGGUUGUGGGACUUGCACCCCAAGAUGCCAGUGACCGGCUGAUCAUGUUCCAGAAUCGAUUUGACAACCUGUUCAGGAAGUACAUCACUUACACGGGAGGCGAAGAGCUCUUUGGACUUCCUGUUACCCAGCAUCCUCAGCUAUUGGAGAUUAGGAAGCAACUGGCUCUGCUGCAGAAGUUGUACGGCCUUUACAACAAUGUCAUCGAUACAGUUAAUGGCUACUAUGAUAUCCUCUGGGCUGACAUCUGCAUCGAGAAGAUUAAUAAUGAGCUGCUCGACUUUCAGACGAGGUGUCGAAAACUGCCUCGUGCUCUGAAAGAGUGGCAGGCCUUUCAGGAUCUGAAGAAAACGAUUGAUGAAUUCAGUGAGUGCUGCCCCCUGCUGGAACUCAUGACUAACAAAGCAAUGAUGGCCCGGCACUGGAAGAGGAUAACGGAGGUGACUGGCCAUACCUUUGAGGUGGAAACUGAUACAUUCAAGCUGCGUAACAUAAUGGAGGCUCCUCUACUCAAGUAUAAAGAAGAGAUUGAGGAUAUCUGCAUCAGUGCUGUGAAAGAGCGUGAUAUUGAACAAAAGCUGAAGCAAGUGAUCGCUGAGUGGGACAACAAGACUUUUACAUUUGCCAGUUUUAAGACCCGUGGGGAGUUGCUGCUGAGAGGAGACAGCACAUCAGAGAUCAUUGCCAGCAUGGAGGAUAGCCUAAUGAUCUUGGGAUCCCUUAUGAGCAACCGGUACAACACCCCAUUUAAAGCCCAGAUUCAGAAGUGGGUUCAGAAUCUCUCCAACACCACUGAUAUUAUCGAGCACUGGAUGACUGUCCAGAACCUGUGGAUCUAUCUGGAGGCUGUGUUUGUGGGUGGAGAUAUCGCCAAACAGUUGCCUAAGGAAGCAAAGCGUUUCUCUAACAUUGAUAAGUCAUGGGUGAAGAUCAUGAUGCGAGCCCAUGAAAUGCCCAAUGUGGUACAGUCAUGCGUGGGGGAUGAGACCAUGGGACAGCUGCUUCCACAUCUCCUCGAACAGCUGGAGAUCUGUCAGAAGUCUCUAACAGGUUAUCUGGAGAAGAAGCGUCUGCUGUUUCCUCGUUUCUUCUUUGUCUCUGAUCCUGCCCUGCUGGAGAUCCUGGGCCAGGCCUCUGACUCCCACACCAUCCAGGCCCACCUUCUCAAUGUCUUUGACAAUAUCAAGUGUGUCCAGUUUCAUGAAAAGAUAUAUGACCGCAUUCUGGCCGUGUCAUCACGCGAGGGAGAGACUGUGGAGCUCGACCGUCCCGUCACAGCUGAAGGGAACGUGGAGGUGUGGCUCAAUGCUCUGCUGAAAGAAUCCCAGAGGUCUUUGCACCUUGUGAUCAGACAAGCUGCUCUGGCUAUCCAGGACUCUGGCUUCCAGCUAAUUGACUUCCUCAACUCCUUCCCAUCUCAAGUGGGGUUACUGGGUAUUCAGAUGAUUUGGACAAGGGACUCAGAAGAAGCUCUGACCAAUGCCCGAUACGAUCGUCGCAUCAUGUCCAAAACCAACCAGUUCUUCCUGGAUCUCCUUAACACCCUGAUUGACAUGACCACAAGAGACUUGGAGGCUGUGGAGAGGACCAAGUAUGAGACCCUCAUCACUAUUCAUGUCCACCAGAGGGACAUAUUUGAUGAACUGUGCCGGUUGCAUGUCAAAAGCUCCAGUGACUUUGAAUGGCUGAAGCAGUGCCGUUUCUACUUCAAUGAGGACUCAGACAAGAUGAUCAUCAACAUUACAGAUGUGGGCUUUGUCUACCAGAAUGAAUUCUUGGGGUGUACCGAAAGGCUUGUCAUUACACCUUUGACGGACAGGUGUUACAUCACUUUAGCCCAAGCUCUUGGUAUGAGUAUGGGUGGAGCACCUGCUGGUCCAGCUGGAACAGGAAAGACCGAGACCAUAAAAGACAUGGGUCGCUGUUUGGGAAAGUACGUUGUGGUCUUCAACUGCUCUGACCAGAUGGACUUCAGAGGCUUGGGGAGAAUAUUUAAAGGUCUGGCUCAGUCUGGUUCGUGGGGCUGUUUUGACGAGUUCAACCGCAUCGACCUCCCAGUUCUUUCUGUGGCAGCCCAGCAGAUCGCGAUAGUUCUCACCUGCAAGAAGGAACGUCGCAAAAAUUUUGUCUUCACAGAUGGAGACAAUGUGGACAUGAACCCAGAGUUUGGCAUCUUCCUUACCAUGAAUCCAGGUUAUGCAGGUCGUCAGGAGCUUCCUGAAAACCUGAAGAUCAACUUCCGCUCCGUGGCCAUGAUGGUUCCAGACCGUCAAAUCAUUAUUAGGGUAAAACUGGCCAGUUGUGGGUUUAUCGACAACAUGGAGCUUGCACGCAAAUUCUUCACGCUUUACAAGCUGUGCGAGGAGCAACUGUCCAAGCAGGUUCACUAUGAUUUUGGCCUGCGCAACAUUCUGGGAGCAGCCAAGCGAGCCAACCCCAGUGAUACAGAGUCUACCAUUGUCAUGAGGGUUCUAAGGGACAUGAACCUUUCAAAACUGAUCGAUGAGGAUGAGCCACUUUUUCUGAGCUUGAUUGAAGACCUCUUCCCGGGCAUCCAACUUGACAAAGCGGGCUACCCUGAACUAGAAGCUGCCAUUGACAAACAGGUGGAGGAUGCAGGCCUAAUCAACCAUCCUCCUUGGAAGCUAAAGGUCAUCCAGCUGUACGAGACUCAAAGAGUCCGACAUGGCAUGAUGGCCCUGGGGCCCAGUGGGGCUGGAAAGACAACUUGUAUACACACGCUUAUGAAAGCUAUGACAGAAUGUGGUCAUUCUCACAGAGAGAUGCGCAUGAACCCCAAAGCCAUUACUGCACCUCAGAUGUUUGGCAGACUAGAUGUGGCCACAAAUGACUGGACUGAUGGCAUCUUCUCUACACUGUGGAGGAAAACACUGAGAGCAAAGAAAGGAGAGCACAUCUGGAUAGUGCUGGAUGGGCCAGUUGACGCCAUCUGGAUUGAAAACCUAAAUUCAGUUUUGGAUGACAACAGAACUCUUACACUCGCAAAUGGAGACCGAAUACCAAUGGCUCCCAACUGCAAGGUGGUAUUUGAGCCGCAUAACAUCGACAAUGCCUCUCCAGCCACCGUCUCACGCAAUGGCAUGGUGUUCAUGAGCUCCUCUGUGCUCACCUGGAUCCCCAUACUAGAGGGCUGGUUGAAGAAACGGUCCCCACAUGAGGCAGAGAUACUGAGAAAGCUCUUCUCUUCGUCUUUCUCCGAGCUCUACCGCUUCUGCGUGCAGUCACUAGAGUUCAAAAUGGACAUGCUAGAGGCCUUUGUAAUCAUGCAAUGCAUAAACAUGCUACAGGGACUCAUACCACCUAAGGAGCAGUGUGGCGAUUUAUCCAGAGAGUUCUUGGAGCGGCUUUAUGUCUUUGCACUAAUGUGGAGCGCUGGGGCCGUACUUGAACUGGAUGAUCGGAGGAAGAUGGAAAUCUGGCUUAGAGGAAACAAGAGUAUUCAUCUAAACUUGCCAGACAUUCCUCCUGACAGUGAGGACACCAUGUUUGACUACUAUGUCACAGCAGAUGGUCAUUGGGUCCAUUGGAACACCAGAGUGGAGGAAUACAUUUAUCCAUCUGAAUUCACACCAGAGUACAGCUCAAUUUUGGUCCCCAAUGUGGACAACGUUAGAACAGACUUCCUAACCCAGACUAUUGCAAAGCAAGGCAAGGCUGUUUUGCUAAUUGGAGAGCAAGGAACAGCCAAGACUGUUAUCAUCAAGAGCUACAUGUCAAAGUAUGACCCUGAGACCCACAUAGGCAAGAGUCUCAACUUCUCUUCUGCUACUACACCACUAAUGUUCCAGAGGUCAGUUGAGAGCUAUGUUGAUAAGAGGAUGGGGACCACUUAUGGACCGCCUGCUGGGAAGAAAAUGUCAAUUUUUAUAGAUGACAUCAACAUGCCUGUCAUCAAUGAGUGGGGAGACCAGGUGACUAAUGAGAUUGUCAGGCAGCUGAUGGAACAGAAUGGUUUCUUCAAUCUGGAAAAACCUGGAGAGUUCACAAAUAUUGUGGAUGUUCAGUUCCUGGCAGCAAUGAUUCAUCCUGGAGGGGGCCGUAAUGACAUACCACAGAGACUGAAAAGGCAGUUCUCAAUCUUUAACUGCACGCUGCCCUCCAAUGCUUCGAUAGACAAGAUAUUUGGCGUGAUCGGUGAGGGCCACUUUUACACAGGACGUGGUUUUAGCGAGGAGGUCCAGAGCACUGUACCUCGUUUGGUUUCCCUCACGCGUCGUCUCUGGCAGCUGACUAAGGUCAAGAUGCUUCCGACUCCUGCAAAGUUCCACUACAUCUUUAACCUGAGGGAUCUCUCCAGGAUCUGGCAAGGCAUGCUCAGCACCAAUGCUGAAGUUGUCACCUCUGUCCAGACGUUGAUGGCACUUUGGAAACAUGAGUGCAAGCGUGUGAUAGCGGAUCGAUUCACGAUGCCUGAUGAUGUGGAGUGGUUUGACCAGGCUCUGGCAAAGCUGGUGGAAGAACAUCUUGGUGAAGAGCACAAGAAUAUGGUGGACUAUGUAGCAGAAAGAUAUUUUGUUGACUUCUUGCGAGAUGCCCCUGAGGCCACAGGGGAAGAACCAGAAGACUCAGACUUUGAUUUGCCCAAAGUGUACGAGCCUAUUGAAUCAUUUGAGACUUUAAAGGACCGUCUGAACAUGUUCCUAAGCCAUUACAAUGAAAGUAUUAGGGGUACUGGCAUGGAUAUGGUCUUCUUUCAGGAUGCUAUGAUACAUUUGGUCAAGGUGUCGAGGAUAAUCCGAACACCGGGAGGUAAUGCCCUGCUGGUGGGGGUUGGGGGUUCUGGCAAACAGAGCCUGACCAGAUUGGCCUCGUUCAUAGCUGGAUACAAGAUCUUCCAGAUCACGCUCACACGCUCAUACAAUACAUCCAACCUGAUGGAUGACCUGAAGAGUUUGUACAGAACAGCUGGCCAGCAUGGAAAAGGCAUCAGCUUCAUCUUUACUGACAACGAAAUAAAAGACGAGUCCUUCUUGGAGUACAUGAAUAAUGUGCUGUCAUCUGGAGAGGUGUCCAACUUGUUUGCCCGUGACGAAAUAGAUGAUAUCCUCAAUGAUCUCAUCCCUGUCAUGAAGCGAGAGUUUCCCCGGCGACCUCCAACCAACGGAAACCUGUACGAUUACUUCAUGUCACGAGUUCGACAUAAUCUCCACGUCAUUCUGUGCUUUUCCCCUGUUGGGGAGAAGUUCCGGAACCGAGCGUUGAAGUUUCCGGCGCUGAUCUCUGGUUGCACCAUGGACUGGUUCAGCCGCUGGCCCAAAGAUGCACUGGUUGCAGUUUCAGAGCACUUCCUGUCUGUUUAUGACAUAGACUGCUCAGCCCAGGUUAAAUGUGAGGUAGUUCAGUGCAUGGGCUCCUUCCAGGAUGGUGUAGCGGAGAAAUGUGUGGACUACUUCCAGAGAUACCGACGCUCCACCCAUGUCACACCCAAGUCUUAUUUAUCCUUCAUUCAAGGCUACAAAACCAUCUAUAAAGAAAAGAGGUCUGAAGUUCAGACUUUGGCCAACAGGAUGAAUACUGGUCUCCAAAAGCUGAAGGAGGCAUCGGUGUCAGUGGCAGCUCUCAGCAAAGAACUGGAGGUGAAAGAGAAGGAGCUACAGAUUGCCAAUGACAAGGCUGAUAUGGUGUUGAAGGAGGUGACAGUAAAAGCCCAGGCAGCAGAGCGAGUGAAGGUAGAGGUACAAAAGGUGAAGGACAAGGCGCAGGCCAUUGUGGACAGCAUUUCAGCUGACAAGGCCAUCGCUGAGGAGAAACUCGAAGCUGCCCGGCCAGCUCUCGAGGAGGCAGAGGCUGCGCUGCAGACAAUUAAACCGUCGGAUAGCACAGUACGGACACUCGGUCGCCCCCCUCACCUCAUCAUGCGGAUCAUGGACUGCGUGCUGCUGCUCUUCCAGAGGAAGGUCAACCCUGUGAAAGUUGACCCAGAGAAGAACUGCAACACUCCUUCAUGGCAGGAGUCAUUAAAACUCAUGACUGCUGGAAACUUCCUGGGCAGUCUGCAGCAAUUCCCCAAGGACAGCAUUAAUAGGGAAACUGUGGAGCUCCUGCAGCCUUAUUUCGAAAUGCCUGACUACAACAUCGAAACAGCCAAGAGGGUGUGUGGCAAUGUAGCUGGCAUAGCAUCCUGGACCAAAGCCAUGGCUUCCUUCUUUUCCAUCAACAAGGAGGUCUUGCCCUUGAAGGCUAACUUGGCCGUGCAGGAGAAUCGUCUGACCAUAGCUAAUGCGGACCUUCAGAAAGCUCAGGCUGAGCUAGACGCCAAGCAGGCAGAGCUUGAUGUGGUACAGGGGGAAUAUGAGAAAGCAAUGAUGGAGAAACAGACGCUGCUGGAGGAUGCUGAGCGCUGCAGACACAAGAUGCAGACAGCGUCCAGUCUCAUCAGCGGUCUCGCUGGCGAGAAGGAGAGAUGGACGGAACAGAGCAAAGAGUUUGCUGUCCAAACCAAACGGCUCGUGGGUGAUGUUCUUCUGGCCACAGCCUUUCUUUCUUACUCAGGACCUUUCAAUCAGGAGUUUCGUAACCUUCUGCUGAACGACUGGCAGCGAGAGCUGAAGCAACGUUACAUCCCGUUUGGUAACAACCUCAAUCUGACUGAACUGCUCAUUGAUGCGCCCACAGUUAGUGAAUGGAACCUUCAGGGUUUGCCAAAUGAUGACCUGUCCAUUCACAAUGGCAUUAUUGUAACCAAAGCUGCCCGCUUCCCCUCCUUAUUACCACAGACACAGGGAAAAAUCUGGAUCAAGAACAAAGAAGCCAAGAAUGAGCUACAGAUCACCUCACUGAAUCACAAGUACUUCAAGAACCACCUAGAGGACAGUUUGUCUCUUGGUCGACCCCUUUUGAUUGAAUGUGGGGAGGAGUUGGACCCUGCGCUUGACAACAUACUUGAGAAAAACUUCAUCAAAACCGGCUCCACUUACAAGGUGAAGCUUGGUGACAAAGAAGUGGAUGUGAUGAAGGGCUUCAGGUUGUAUAUGACCACCAAGCUGCCUAACCCGGCUUACACUCCUGAAAUAAGUGCUCGCACCUCCAUCAUUGACUUCACUGUCACCAUGAGAGGACUGGAGGACCAGCUGCUGGGCAGAGUCAUCCUCACUGAAAAGCAGGAAUUGGAGAAGGAGAGGACAGACCUCUUGGAAGAUGUGACAUCUAACAAGAGAAAGAUGAAGGAACUAGAAGACAGUCUUCUCUACCGACUGACGAGCACACAGGGUUCCUUGGUUGAUGAUGAGAGUCUGAUUCUUGUCCUUAGCAACACGAAGUGUACGGCUGAAGAAGUCACUCAGAAGUUACAGAUUGCCGCAGAGACUGAGAUCCAGAUCAACGCAGCCAGAGAGGAGUACCGGCCAGUGGCCACCAGGGGCAGCAUCCUGUACUUCCUGAUUACAGAGAUGAGUAUGGUGAAUGUCAUGUAUCAGACGUCUCUUAGACAGUUCCUGGGACUUUUUGACCUUUCUCUGGCCAGGUCUUCUAAAAGCCCUAUCACAAGUAAACGGAUCGCCAACAUCAUAGAGUUCAUGACCUUUGAAGUUUAUAAGUACGCAGCACGGGGCCUGUAUGAGGACCACAAGUUUCUUUUCACUUUGCUGAUGACGCUGAAGAUAGACAUGCAGAGCAACAAGGUCAAACACGAGGAGUUCCUCACACUCAUCAAAGGAGGUGCAUCCUUGGAUCUGAAGGCUUGCCCCCAGAAACCAGCUAAAUGGAUCCUUGACAUGACCUGGCUAAAUCUUGUAGAGCUCAGCAAACUUUGGCAGUUCGCUGAUAUACUGGAUCAGAUAAGUCGUAACGAGAAACAGUGGAAGGCUUGGUUUGACAAGGAGGCCCCAGAGGAGGAAGUAGUCCCAAACUCCUAUGACCAGUCUCUUGACUGUUUUAGACGGCUGCUCCUCAUACGCUGCUGGUGUCCUGACAGGACCAUCGCACAAGCCCGUAAAUACAUAAUGGACGCAGUAGGGGAGAAAUACACUGGGGUGAUUCUUGAUUUAGAGAAGAUGUGGGAGGAGUCGGACCCACGAACACCUCUCAUCUGCUUCCUUUCAAUGGGCUCAGAUCCAACUGACUCCAUUAUAGCACUCGGGAAGAAGCUGAUCGAGACCCGUUAUGUAUCCAUGGGUCAAGGACAAGAGGUCCACGCACGCAAGCUUCUGCAGCAAACUAUGGCUAAUGGUGGCUGGGCCUUACUCCAGAAUUGCCACCUGGGUUUGGACUUCAUGGAUGAGCUCAUGGACACUGUGACAGAGACAGACUUUGUCAACAACAGCUUCCGCCUUUGGAUGACCACUGAGGUCCACAGACACUUUCCCAUCACACUUCUCCAGAUGUCCAUCAAGUUCACCAAUGAACCACCACAGGGCCUCAAGGCAGGGCUUAAGAGGACAUAUGGCGGUAUAAACCAGGACCUUUUGGAUGUCAGUAACAUGGCGCAGUGGAGGCCGAUGCUGUAUGCAGUAGCCUUUCUUCACAGCACAGUUCAGGAGAGAAGGAAAUAUGGGUGUGUCCUGGAACACAGUUCGAUACAUGAUUGGAGAGAUUCAUACGGUGGUCGUGUGACCGACGACUAUGACAAGCGCCUCCUCAACACCUUUGCCAAGGUGUGGUUCAGUGAGGAAAUGUUUGGACCUGCAUUUAGCUUCUACAAGGGCUACAGCAUCCCAAAGUGCUCCAGUGUUGACCAGUAUCUAACAUACAUUCAGGUCAGUCUCUAA